GGGUCGUCAUGCGCAGUCUGCUAGGAGGGAGGCCAGGCGGAGUGGGGUAUAUAGUUUUGGCGCGCCCCAUACACCGCCGGCACCUUUUUUUUUCUUUAUAUUUUUUUUAUUUUCCAUCUCGACGUUCGUUCGUGAGUGUGUGUGUGUGACUGGGGGGCGCGGUCUGUACGCGAUUCACUCUGGCGCGGACGGUGGAGCGGACAGGUAGUCAGUCACAGAGUUGCUCUGUGUGUGUGUGUCUCACACUAUACGAGUCAUUUCGUGUGUGUGUGUGGUGCACGUCUUUUUUGUGUGUGUGUUGUGUGUGGCUGUGGCGUGUGUUUAAUAAUACCCACCCCGGAAGAAAAAGAAAAAAAAGCAAAAUAACGACAAGGGAGGGAAGAUAAUAAAUAAAUAAAUAGAAAAGUGUUGCUGAAGGGGGGCGCAGGCGACCGGAUGUCCAAUCUCUCAAUUUUCCCUUUUUCAUUUCCAUCCAUUUUCCUCUUGCUGCUGCUGCUCUCAUCUUGUUUUCUCCAUCUUCUUCUUUCUCAUCUCCUCGUUCAUUUCCGUUGCGCAGCUUUUUCCACGUCCACUCGACGGACCGAUCCUCGCUCCUCACUCCGCCGACCGAAACGAUCCUAUUGUCGCUUUCUCUCUCGUCACACGCGCACACACAAAAAAGUCGAAAACGAAGAAGAAGAAGAAUUUUCCCGUCAGUUUGACAUCGCCAGAGUGUCUCUGUAAAUAGCCAAUUUCUCAUCAUUUCCCAUCCGAAACAAUUAUAGAACUCUAGUUGUCAUCAUCUCUCAUUUAUUUCUCGCUCUCUCUCUUUCUCGCUCGUUCGCCGUGUGUGCGUGUGUGUAGCUGUGGGUGUGUGAGCCAGUGCAAGUGUGAUCGAGUGCCGAGUGAAUUCCAUAAUCAAUUGCUGUCGUGGGUUCUAGAGCGGCUAGUGCUGUUUGAGUUUAUCAUUUUUUUUUCUUUGGUUUCUUUUCACGCCGGAAUUGUUUGGUUUGCGUUUGGAACGGCGGAAGCGAAGGGAGACAAAAAGGCCGGCCGAUGCCGUGGAACAGAUGCGCAUUGGUCAGAGAGGACAGUCGCUGGUCUGUUGCUGGCCCCAUCUCGUCUCACUCUAAAGUUCUGGCUGCUGCUGGAUUUGUCGAGCCCCACAUCCGGCAGCAUCCAGCAUCCGAGAGACGACGACUGUGACCCACCAGCGAUCCCAUCCGGUGCCAACCGACACGUAUAUCCAACACACGGGAGAAAAGGAGUUAGAUCUGCGCUCGUGUUUCUGGUGUCUGCCGUGCGUGCGUGCGUGUUUCUUCUGUGUGUGUUGUUUUUCUUUUCUUUUUUUCCUCGUUCGUUGUUUCUUCAUUCAACCGCCAGAAAAUGUCGUCGUUUCUGGUCACGGCCAUUGUGACGUUGACGAUUGGACUGUUGGCCGUUUGGGAUAGUGAGGCGUCGUCGUCGUCGGUGGCGGCCGCAGCGGCGGCGGCGGGAACGGGAUCGUAUCGAAUCCGGUCGCGGCCGCCGCCAGGAACGACCCACCAGCAGCCGUCGCGCUCGUCGUCGACUGGACUGAGCCGCAACAGCAACAGCAAUUGGCAGGACGUUUAUAUCGCGGGCUUUUUGGCGCUGAGCGAUCACGAGAUCGAGGCCCCGCUCGGCCAGGGAGUUAUGCCGGCCAUCACGCUGGCCCUCCGCCAUUUGGCCAACAGCAGUUUCCUGCACGAUUACCGACUGCGCCUCCUCUACAAUGACACGCAGUGCAGCGCCUCUGUGGGCAUGAAAGCCUUUUUCGACAUGAUGGACAAGGAUCCGCGCAAAGUGAUGAUCCUCGGUGGAUCCUGCAAUUCCGUCACCGAUUCCAUCGCCAAAACAUCCAAACAUUGGCGCAUUCCCGUGCUCUCGUACGCCGACACGCACCCCAUGUUCACGCGCAAGAGUUACCCCAACUUUUUUCGCAUCGUCCCGAGCGAGAACGCCUUCAACGCGCCGCGCGUCAAACUGCUGCAGGCCUUCAACUGGACCCGCGUCGGGACCCUCUACCAGAACGAGCCCCGAUUCGCCCUGGCGCAUAACGGACUGGUGUCGCUGCUGGACAGCGCCGGGAUCGAGUUGACCGAGUCGCAGGGCUUCGUCAACGACCUGACCCAACCGCUGGCCAAACUCAUGGAGAAGGACGUCCGCAUCAUCCUGGCCAGUUUCAACGCCACAUGGGCCCGUCGCGUCUUUUGCGCCGUUUCACGCAUCAAUUUGUACGGCGGACGCUACCAGUGGAUUUUAGCCGGACCGCGUCAGGAGCGCUGGUGGAUGUCGCAAGCCGAAGACCAGCAGGAUCCCAACGUUAAUUGCACCUCCUACGAGAUCCUGGCGGCACUGGAAGGCGCCUUCGUUGUCGACGUCCUGCCUCUGACCAGCUCCAAACAAGUCACCAUUUCCGGAUUGACGGCGGAGGAGUAUGAGAAACAGUACAACAAGGAGCGGGGCGACUCGUAUUCGCAAUUCCACGGCUACGCAUACGACGCGGUGUGGACGGCGGCCCAAACGGUCAAGACGGUCAUCCACAAGCUGCACGAACGCAACAAACAGGCCAAGCAGGCGUCGUCCGGCUCGAGCAGACAGCGACAGCAGCAGCAGCCGCACUGGAGUCUCCGCAACUUUACGUACCGCGACCCUGGCUGGGAGAAGCUUUUGCUGGACGCCCUGCGCAGCGUCGACUUCAACGGCGUGACGGGCCGCAUCAAAUUCGAGGACAACGAGCGCAGCGGCCGGCUGACGGUCAAGCAAAUUGUCGGCGCUCACGAAGUGCCGGUGGCCGAGUACGAGAACGCCAGCGACACGCUCUUCCUCAACGAGUCGGCCAUCUCGUGGAUGUCGGAGAGCAAACAGCCGCCCAGGGAUCGGACCAUCCAGACGGUGGAGCCGUCACGCAUCAGCGUGCCCGUCUUCGUCACGCUGACGAUCGUCGCCGCCCUGGGCAUCGUCCUCGCUUCCUCAUUCCUGGCCAUCAACAUCCGUUUCAGGAACCAGAGGUACAUUAAAAUGUCGAGUCCUUAUUUGAACAACACGAUCAUCAUUGGCUGCCUGCUGACUUAUACGAGCGUGAUCCUGCUGGGAUUGGACUCGCACCUGACGAGCGAGUCGGCCCUGCCCGUCAUUUGCACGGCCCGAAUUUGGACGCUGAUGGCCGGAUUCACGCUGGCCUUUGGCUCCAUGUUCUCGAAAACGUGGCGAGUCCACUCGAUCUUCACCGACGUCAAACUCAACAAAAAGGCCAUCAAGGACUACCAGCUCUUUAUGGUGGUUGGCGUUCUGCUGACCAUCGACAUUGCCAUUCUCACCACCUGGCAGGUCAUUGAUCCUUUCUACCGCGAGACGAAGCUGCUCGAGCCCUACCCGCACCCGAGCCAGGACAACGCCGAAAUCCGGCCGGAGAACGAAUACUGCCAGAGUAAUCACAUGACGAUUUUCGUCAGUUCCAUUUACGCUUACAAGGGACUCUUGAUGGCGUUCGGAUGCUUUUUGGCCUGGGAGACUCGCAACGUCAACAUCCCGGCCUUGAACGAUUCCAAAUACAUUGGUAUGAGUGUGUACAACGUGGUGAUCAUGUGCGUGAUUGGCGGAGCUGUUUCGUUCAUCCUGGAGGACGAGCAGGACGUUUCCUACGUCAUCAUAUCGAUCUUUAUCGUCUUUUGCACCACUGGCACCCUCUGCCUCGUCUUCGUUCCCAAGCUGAUUGAAUUGCGGAGAAAUCCGCAAGGGACGAUCGAGAAGCGCGGCGUCAGAUCGACGGUGAAACCUCAACUUCCGGGAGGCAAAUACGGAGCAGGAGGCGGAGGCGGAAGUAGCGGCGGUGGCGGUGGCGGCGGCGGCAGGCAGAACAAGAGCGGCGCUAAUCAAAACCGCGAGACCAGCCUCCACUACAAGAGCAAAACGCGAAACGCCAAACUGCGCAAGGAGCUGCGCAAUCUCGACGACCAGAUUCAAAAACUUCUAGAGCAACUUGGAGAAGACAACGACUCGCUGGCAAAAGAUGGACCUUCUUUUACCUACUCGAAAAUCGAUUCGGAUUGCAGGGUCCCUUCCGUCAGCGGAGCCGAUACCAUGUCCCUCUGCUCGCUCAUCUCUUCGCCCGAACCGACUUCCACUUCGCCGCAUCACGCCAAGGAGAACGGAGGCAAAGGAGUUCGAGCCGGACACCACCAGCACCAGGAGCUGCAGCAGCAGCAGUCGGUGGUGCAGUCGACGUCCAGUGGCUCUGGCAGCGGAUCGACGGCCCCGGCCACGGCCAGCGUGGCCAUGUGGACGGCCAUCAGUAACCCGCUGCUCCUCAUUAGUCACGUUCUCAGGAGAUCGAUGGAUUUGCAGCAAUCAUCCGGCGCCAACGAUGAAAUGUCCGGCACGGCUGAAUGCGACGGACAAGAGCAGGAGCAAAUGGGCGACGACGACCUGGACGCCGAGUCGUUGGCUCACAACAUGAGCGCCUGCUGCGAGUACGUCAGCGUCGAGCGGCACGCCGAGCCGACGCCGGCCAAGGCCGACUGGCAGAAUCAAGCGAUUGACGACAACCCGUUUAUUCCCACCAGCAGCGUCAGCAGCAGCAGGGACGGGAUGGAUGGAACGGGAAUGGAAGAACGUGACAAUCCCAUCCCAUCUGCGUCAAUUUUGAACAAAGAAGAAGAAGAAGAAGAAAUAGAUGAAGAGAUGAGAAGCAUCUCGAAGAGUUUGCUGCUGCUGGUGGGGGGCAAACCGCCGUCAUCAUCCCCCCACCAAUCUCCGCCCGGAUCCUUCAUUUCCAACCUGUCAGGCGACCGUUCCGGCUGUGGCGGUGGCGGUGUCGGCGGUGGCAUCCAGUCCGGUGAUUCGCCAUCGGAUGAAUGGGGCGCUGCUCAAGUCCACAAGAGCCCGGGCUCGGUCUCGGUCUCGCGUUGCGCUUGCCAUCAUUCAUCCGCUUCGCCGGGAUUCGGGGGCAGCGGGACGGCAAGACGACGACGUUGCCAAAUGAUGGAGAGCUUCAGUUUGACCGAAAUCCGGUCGUCGCCGUCCGGCGGCAAUGGCACGUCUUUGUCACCCGAAUUCCAGCCCAUCCACAACCGGAGUCUUUCCGUUCAGGGCACGAUGGCGACGCAUCGGCGCCAGCAGUCUCCCUAUUACCUGGACUGCAAGGCGGGAGCAACACCUUACGGCCAGCACGAGCAAAGCCACAGCGACUCUUCCUUCAACUACGAGUCCAACAUGUCAGAGGUGGACACGAUGAACAAGCCCGUCAAUUAUUUCGAAUAUCGAUCGCUGGAGAGCCUCGAUUCGCCCACCAUCAGCGACACGACCAUCAGCCAACAAGACGAAAACGAAGGCGAAGCAGAAGAGGAUGAAGAGGAGGAAGAAGAGGAAGAAGAAGAAGAGGAAGAAGCCAAUUCGACGAGAGUCAACUUUGAUGAAGGGUCCACGUUCACUUCUCCCAGGGAGGAGGAACUGGUCGUUAUCGAGGACGGACUCUACUCGCUGCCGAUGGUCAUCGCCAACCUGCACAGCCCCCAAACGGUUUUGGUUGUCAACGGACUCGGCGGAGACAAGACGACGACGACGCCGCCGACGUCGCCUAAAGAAAUGAGAAGAAAAACACCUCCGCCGACGCCGUCGACCACGCCCGUCAAGACCAGCUGCGCCGAUCUCACGGUGGGCUCGACGACGACGACGACACUACCGUGCAACGUCAAUUCCUCCUGCGUCAAGCCGCCCGGUCGCUCCGCUUCGAUGCAGUCCAGUAAAGGGUCCAGUAGAGGGUCGGCCCGUGGCAAGACUAAAUCCCAAUCGACUCGUGAUCGACGGAGACGAGCCGCUCAAAGCAACAACAAGCACACGAGUAAUGAGGACGUGAGCGGACGGACGAGCAAACGAACUCCGCACGGCCACCAGCCGAGUGACCAGCAGCGCCCACAGCAGACAACUGGUGGCGAGCACGCCGAUUGGAGUAUUCUUCCUAUUUUCAAGCAGCUGAUCGUUCAGAGGCAACUGGAAAGUGGCGGCGGCUGCCAUUCCCAGCCGAUCGGCGGCCUCAGCGAUGACGAGAGGAUAUCGACGACGACGACGACGACGACGAAACCAGCAAUCGAAGAAAUUGACGAAGGUCACCGCCAAAUGUCCUCCUGUCCUAAUCUUUCUAUCAAGUGUGAUGUGGUUGAGUAUUUUUAGUUUAUUGGAAUCCUUACCAAAACAAACAAUGUCGCCCUUAUCACUGUCGUUUCAAAAACGGUAUCAAAACAGCAACCAAAAAAAAAAAAAAAUCCUAAUUGAUCCCAAAUGUCUACUUGACUGUUGAUCUCCCCUCGCACACACAUUCCAUCUUCGAUUGUGUAUAUCAUCAUGUGUCAAAUAUUCAAAUAUAUAUAUCUAUGAAUUAUC